AUGGCAUCCACCACAAAGUACCAGGCAGCGCCAACGCGUGAUUCGUUCGAGGAGCAGGCCUACAGCCAGCCCCCUCCAUCUUACCAGGCAGAAGCCUCUGGCGUUCCUGGAGUUCCUCGCGACGAAGACGACAAUGUCCCCGAUGACUUCAAGGUAUGUCAUGUCGCGACCUACUGUCAAAAGACUUUCCUUACUGACGUACCACAGUUCGGUGGCUCCGUUUCCGAAGCAACUCUCGACAUCCGCAUGCAAUUCGUCCGCAAGGUCUACUCGAUCCUGACCGUCCAGCUCCUCGCGACCGCCGCUCUUUCUUCCGUCUCAUUCUUCAGCCCUGGUUACAAAGCAUGGAUCCAGACCAACCAGUGGAUGAUGUGGGUGUCGCUCUUCGGCGCCAUCGGCUUCAUGCUCUUGACCUUCUGGAAGCGCAAGUCGUACCCCACUAACCUCCUCUUCCUUGCUGGAUUUACUGCCAUGGAGGCAUAUUCGAUCAGUGUCGUCACAUCCUUCUUCGAGAGCAAGAUUGUGCUCGAGGCGCUCAUCUUCACCCUGGCUAUCUUUGUCGCACUCACGCUCUUCGCCUGCCAGACCAAGUACGACUUUACCAGCUGGAUCCCCUAUCUUGCCGGAGCUCUCUGGGUUGUCAUUAUUUUUGGAUUCAUGGCAGCCUUCUUCCCUCACACCAGCACGAUCGAGUUGGGAUACGGCAUCGUUUGUGCACUCAUCUUCAGUGGCUACAUCCUGGUCGACACACAGCUCAUCAUGAGACACUACCACGUCGAGGNNGAGGAGAUUGCAGCUUCCAUCUCGCUCUACCUUGAUAUCAUCAACCUGUUCUUGGCCAUUCUCAGAAUUCUGAACAGCCAGCAGAACAACUAG